GCCAAUUACGUAACAAUCUUCCAUCUUCGUUCCUUCGGGUCUGUUAUCAUUGGCUGUCUGCACCCGCAAUUCAUCUAUCAGAGAAUAUCAACAGUAAACAGCUGAUUAUUGUUUUUAAUUAUAUUUUCAGACAUUUUUAGUAACAAAUAAAGGGGAAAAGUUUCAUGUUUUCUUAAUUUAAGAAUUUAAUGUUGCCGAUUGGAAGAACAUUUUUCUUGUCUGCAUUCAUUUUAGGUGGUGGUGUGUGGAGUUUGUAUAGUUUGUAUAGUAAGCCCCUAUGCCAGACACUAUCAAAAGCCUUGUUGAUGUCCAUGAGUAGACAUGCCGACUUUCCGUCAAUUAGAGUUACCAGACGAACUUAUUGUAUUGCAUCGGAAAUAAUGUCGAGUGAGAUUAAUGCCACGAAUCAAUCCAGUCAAUAUUCCGCUGUAUAUGUAACAACACCAAAUGAAGACGUUGCUAAAAAAAUCGCCCAUGGACUGGUGAAGGAAAAGUUGGCAGCCUGCGCUAAUAUUAUUCCUAAAGUAACAUCGAUUUAUGAGUGGGAAAAUAAAAUUAACGAGGACUCAGAAGCCCUAAUGAUGAUGAAAACUAGAACUUCAAAAGUAGAUGAGCUAACGGCGUAUGUGAAAGCAAAUCACCCUUAUCAGGUUUGCGAAGUUAUAGCGGUUCCAAUUACCAAUGGGAAUGACGCUUAUCUUAAAUGGAUAUCCGAUGUUGUUCCAGAGAAGAAAAUAAAUUGAUUUUGUUCGAGCACUGUUUCCAUUUCUGAGAUGUUUAAUAUAUUUAGAAGCAAGUAGUGCGGUGUUUGCACAAAGUUGAAACUUAACAAAGUCAUUAAUGUAUAUUACUGUUGUAAGUAGAGUCGGUUAAUAAAAGCUUUGAUUUGUAA